AUGGCAGCUGCGGCUCUGGCGGCGGGGAAGGGGAAGCGAAAGCGCCACCUCUCUGAGGACGACGUCUACCUCCUCCUCCACAGGUACGCUCCGGGGACGAUCCUGACGGCGCUGCAGGAGGUGGCGCAGCACGCAGAGGGCCGGCACAUCGACUGGAGGGCGGUGGUUGGGAAGUCGGCCACGGGGAUCACCUCCGCCCGCGAGUACCAGAUGCUCUGGCGCCACUUCGCCUAUCACCACGACCUAGACGAUAGCGUCGACGCCGGCGACCAGCCUCUGGGCGAUGACAGUGACCUGGAAUUGGAGCUUGAACCCAAUCCCAUCCUGACCAAGGAAGCUUUAUCUGAGGCCUCUGCAUUAGCCAAGAGAUGGGCGCUAAAGCGUCCAGGAGGAUCAACCAAGCCUGCUAGCACUAAACAUGCUUCUGUCGGCUCAGAGGAAAGAUCAGCAGCUCUCAAGGCACUUUCAUUGGCUGUCGGUCCUAUGCGUAGAUCAGGAGCUUAUCAACAAAGCAUUCAGCAUAAGUCUACAGCGUUUGCUCCUAAGAUGCCAGAAGUAAGAUCUGCAGCAACCCCUUCACCGGCACCGGCACCGGCACCGGGACUGGCGGCACUGGCGCUGCCAGUCCCUGUCCCAGUUGCUAUGCCUCUGCGUGUGGCAGCUCAAGUGCAGACUCCGCUUCAUCAAGGGCAACAAGCUCCUGUCCAAGCCGCGCCACCAAAAUUGUCAAAUGCUUCAAAUAAGACACGGAAGAAGCAAGCAGCUCAGCCAAAUCCCACCAUCGGUCCUUCCUCAAUACAAGCAGCAGCAAUUGCUGCUGGUGGGCGACUUGCCACAGCCUCAACUGCCGCAAGUUUUUUAAAAGCCGCACAGUCUAAGAAUGUUGUGCACAUAAAAUCUCUAGGAGCAACAUCUUUGAAAUCUUCUGCAAGCUCUAAGGCAUCGAUUGUGGUUGAGCAUGGAACACAACCUGGGGGCUCCCAGCACCUAGAAUCUCUAAAUCCUAGCGCAGUUCAUGGUGUUUCAGGAGUUACUGUAGUUAAUCAAUCAGGGCCACCUGCUGGGGCACAUUCGUUGGAAACUAAGAAGGCAUUGAGUACCACACUAGCACCUGUCCCAUGCGAGGAGGAUGACUCUGAAUUUUGUGUGAUUACGAUAGAUGACUUGUUUCCUGAAGAUGCAAAGCAGCCAGAAGUUGUCGAUGCAAAGCAGCCAGAAACUGUGGAUACCAAGGCAAAGCAACCAGAAACCACGGGUCUCAAGGCCAAGCAGCCAGAAAACGCAGAUCCCAAGGCAAUGCAACAAGAAACCAUGGACCCCAAAUCAAAGCAACCAGAUAGAUUAGAGGUUGAGAUGAAGGUUGAGAUAGUAGAUCCCAAAGAUAAAGACAUGCUAGAGUUUGAUCAAUUUGUUGCUUCUCAAGGAGGACACUUAAACACGGAUGAUCUGAAUAAAAGCAAGUGUACCGACAGUGCUUCCCAAGCCCAAGGUCUUGUUGGCAGCCAGAAGAAGCCACAGAAACUGAUUCCUGCGGAUGGGAAAGGUAACCCUGUAACUAUGGUUGGGGAAGUUAAGCCUGUAACUGCUGGAGUGGCAGCAACUGGGAAGAAGACUAAAAUUCCUGUCUCACAUUCGGCAGCAGGGACCCCACGUGGCAUUGUUGACACAGUCAAUGCCAAUGGCCCAAAUAAAACACUAGUAAGGAGGGCAGCCACCCCUGUACCUGCUGGUUGCCAAGCGCCUCCCCUGAAGCAUGCCGUGAACACAAAAGGUAACCAAAUGACAACCAGCAAUGCCACGGUUUUCAGUUCUGGAGUACCAGCCAGCAGCCAGAUUAGCGUGGUUGCAAAAGGUGCUAGCAAAGCAAAUCCACCAUCCAGCAGCAGCCAGGCUAAGCCGAAUAGUGUGGCGGUGAACGGUGCUAACAGGGUGGUGAAUCCACCGUCCAGCAGCCAAGCUAGCGCUGCGGUGAACAACACUAACAGGGCUGCGAUACCACUGUCCAGCAGCCAGGCUAGUGCGACUGUUGACGGUGCCAACAGAGCGGCUAAUCCACCACCCAGCAAACAGGCUAGUACAGCCAUGAAAGGUAAGGUUUUGGUCUUCAGGGAGCAGGUCAAGAAUUUGCUAUUUGGUAGGUUACUUGCAGUGUGGGGCUAUGAAUGUUAUCCACUACUCAGGUUAGGGCUUCCAGCGGGUUCACUACUGCUUUGUGGUACCGUGGCUUCUGUGUCUCACAAAAGUGUAGGGUUGACACUAGUGGGAGCAAUCAGUUCCCAGAAUAUGCAGCAGACUCUGCAAAGUAUCAGUGACUGCCUUGAGAACAGCGAUUGGGCUACUAGAAAAGCAGCUGCUGAUACAUUAUGUGUCUUUGCUACCCAUUCCGGUCACUUGAUAGGUGACGGAACAGCUCCAACCAUUGCUGCUCUCGAAGCUUGCCGUUUUGAUAAGGUAAGGCCUGUCAGAGAUAGCAUGAUUGAUGCAGUACAGUUGUGGAAAAAGUUGACUGGAGAAGAUGCAAAUGCAGAUGGUAGAAAUAAGGAUCUAGCUGAUGGUGAAGGGAAACUGGACUCAAGAAGGUCAAUGCAAAGAGGUGGAAAAUCAGAAUCCUUCGAUGAUUCCUCUCCAGAUUCACCUAGUAACAACGUGAAGGGCAGUAGCAUAGCUGAAAAGGCAGCAGUGCUUUUGAAGAAAAGACCAACAUUAACUGACAGGGAACUGAACCCUGAGUUUUUCCAAAAGCUUGAGACAAGGAAAACAGAUGAAUUGGCAGUUGAGGUUGUAGUCCCUGGCAAGACUCUACAAUCUCACUAA